AUGGACGCCGAAUCUCUGCGCAGCAUUGUGUGGCAUUGCAGCCCGGAGCAGUUAGCCCAUAUUGAAGAUGAAACCCUGGUUGGUAGCGACAGGAACCUGGAAUGGUACACAUGGCACCUCUGGAAGCGUCUCUUGAAAGCCGAUUUCGGGGACGGUGGGCUCCAGGCUCCCGAACUGGAAAGCGAGCAGCCAGUGGACUACGUACACCCCCGUGGUAUCGCAGAUGAGCCGGGCGAUUACCGCACGCUGUACAUGCAUCGAAAGGCGGAGAUGGAGGAGCGCACAGCGGCCGCCAAGGAACGCAUCGCGGCGGCGCAGCAACAGGUGCAGGAUGCCAAGGAAAGCCGGAAGGCCAAGAUGAUUGACAAGCUGGUGCCCACGAAGAGGAGAUGCAGCGGCAGCAGCUCCCGUGGCCAGACCUCCUCUCUCACGUCGGCCUACUUGCACAAGCCCCGCGCUGACUCGCGCAGCUCUGUGAUGGGCAAGCCGGGGGGCCAGCUUAAGCUGUUGAGCGAGCUGGGCCUCGUCAAGAAGGCCCCGCCGCGGUCCACCACCACGGUGCGUGUCAUCAAGCCCUCGCCGGUACCUAGCGCUGCAAUGGGCCACAGCAGCAGCCUGGCGGGGGCGCAGCUGCUGUCCAAGGCCACCGGGGGUCAGCUGGGCAAGACGAGCGUAGGUAGCGGCAGGAGCCUGCAUGUGACGCCGCAGCAGCCCCAGGUGGCGGCCCGGGCGGCGGCUGUCGCAGCGGCAGCCGCGGUGCGUGCCACUCCCUCGGCUUCCAAUCCGGGUGAUGGCAUUUCCCCGCGGAGCGGCAGCACUAGCAGCGUGGGGCGGCCUUCGCCACCCGCUCCGCAUAGUGGCUCUAAGCGCCUGGCAGAUGGGGUGCCCGCGGCACAACCCCCGCCCAGCAAAAUGGCGGCUAUAGCAGCGGGGAGCAGCUGCUCGCUGGGGUCGAAAGGGGGUCCUGGCCCUUCCAAGCCUGACCCACGGGUCAUGUUUCCGCGCCAGGUGCCCCCCACUUCGGCAUCUGGACAAAGCAAAUUCGCGGUGCCGACGGCCCGGCCGACAACGACUUCAGGACUUCUGCCAGGGGCUGCACGGCAACGGCCGCCGGUGGCUGGUGACCUUAGUGUGCAGCAGGGGGCUCUAGGAGCCAGGCCCUCCGAUGACCUGUAG